CCCCUGACUAGUAGCAGCAGAAAACGUACUGGCAGCCUCUUUAUCUUCUACGCUUGGGUUCAUUCUCUCUGCUUUAGUUCACAGGUUGGUGUUUAACAAUGGCAGCCAAAGGCAAGAAAGCCACCCAGAAUGGAAACCCCAAGGGCUUCUCAGACUUCUCCUCCGGCCUCCUUCCAAAGCAGGAGGAGGAGAAUGCCUUCCUGCGGAUCUUGCACCUGCCCAUGGUGACGUCAGCCUGCCAGAGCCUCCAGAAGACGUAUGCCACGGCCAAGGAGGCCCAUCCUAUGAUGGCGUCGCUCUGCGAGGCCUACGGAAGAGGCAUUCAGUGUGCCAGCGCCCUUGCUGUGUGGAGCGUGAAGCCUGUGGUUCAGAAGCUAGAACCUCAGGUCACAGCGGCCAACGUUCUGGCCUGCCGAGGUCUAGAUCACUUGGAGCAAAAGAUUCCUGCCCUUCACGAGCCAGUGGGAAAAGUUACAUCUGAUCUGAAGGACUCCCUCUCCACUCACUUUCAAACUGCUGUGUGCUCCGUAGCAGAAACCUUGGACCGGGUCUUGGGACUGGCUGCCAAAAGUUACGACCGAUCCGAGAGCACCGUGAGAGACGCAGCGGAGUACACCAGGCACAGCCGAGUGAGCCAGUGGGCUGAAGCUGGGAUGGAUGCAGCGAUCGGCCUGCUAGAGACCCUCCUGGACUUCCUCCUUCCAAAAGCUAAGCGCCAAUCAGCUCAUGACCCACCAGGGGCUUGUGUAUCAAAUGAAACGACUCCCACCAGCACCAUUGGCAGGAUAAGGGCCUUAGCUGGUACCAUCUCUCAGCGUGCCUACAGACAGACUGCCCAAGCCGUCCAGCAUACAAGAGACAAGGGGAAGGAACUGGCUACGUGGAUCUCAGGCCCGAGUGGUGUAGCUGGGCAAAGCACAACCGAGGCUCAUCAGGUCCUCCCGGGUGCUGAGAAUUCAUCAACCAGAGGGCUCCGCAGAGGCUCGAGAAAGGCACCAGAGAAAGUGGAGGAACCAAAGCAAGAAGAUGACAAGAGAAAUAAGACAACCAAAGGCACAGAGACACAGAGUCUAGUGGGCAGCCUAACUGAGACUCUGCAAGCAGCCUCUUUCUCUACCAUCGCCAGACUGAAGAACGCCCCCUUUGCUGCCUGGAACACGGCUGGCCAGCUUCUCCAGGUCUCCCCACACAAGACAAUCUCUGAGGCAAGCGCAAAAGAGGCAACAUUGCCGGGUACCUUGCAAAGUGCCACCAGCAGCCUGCUGGGGAUGAUCUCCCAUUAUGUACCACUUCCACGGCUCCUGGUGAAAGAAAAGGAACCAAGUGAUACCAUGGACCAUGCAGAGUCACAGCAACAGCUGGAAGACGGGCAGAGUCAGGAAGAGGAGGCCUCCAAUCUGUUGCGAGGAGGAGACCGGCGCUCCAGCCGAGGCCACCACCCUUUCUUCUUCCUCCAGCUGGAUGAGCCUCUCCUUCCACAGCAAGCCCUCUCCCGACGCCGGAGUCCGGCUUUCGAAGCCGAGUACGCCGGAUCCCGCAAAUCUGCCUUCUCCCCUUACAAGGAGGUGGUCAGCAGCAGGCGGCGGAGCGAAGGGUUCUACCGGCCCGGCCCGGAGCCUAUAUACACCAGAGCUCUCUACCCAAGCCUCCAUGGUGCCACCUUCAAGAAAGACUGAACGAGUGGCGGUCUGGAUUCUCGGCUUAGCACCUCCCACCCAAGCAGGUCACUUCUACUGCCUUGCUGCCAUGCCCCUUGCAAAGGACAUCAUGCCGAGAGCCAGGGCAGAGAGCUUCAGCCCUAGUAAUCCGCCGCCUGAAGCAACUGCCCCACCUUGCCUCAUGAAAGGGACCGCCCUUGCACCCAACCUGUAUGAGAACAGAUACACUCCUGUGUGAGCCCGCUAGUCUCAUGGUCAGGAUUGCUUCCUAUCAGCUUCCGACAACUUCCACCUGCCUCCAGAGCUGCCUUGCCCUGCCACAGGGGCCGAUUCCCCUCCCUCCCUGGCCAGCUGGCCAACCAAUCCUGCUGCCGCCCGCCCCGGCCCUGCUCCUCUCCACGGCCGCACACCACCUUGCCCAUCCCCAGCGGCAUGCGGUGCUCCUGCAGUCCACUGCUGCUUCCCAGCUGCUCGGGGUUCCGACAGUCCCAAGGUGGGUGGAGAUGAAGGUGUGGGCACGCUCGUCAUUCCCAGCUGCCUUUGGGUCAGAGUCGCCUGCCGCGCGGGUGCUAGGAGCCUGCUUCCACCGUCGCUGGGGCUGCGGAGGCCACCUCUGCUGUGCCUCCGCCAUUGCCGCCACCGGGGGAGUCUGCCGGUGGGGUAGGGAGCCCACUGCCACCGCCACAGAAGGGCUGCCCAUGAGAACAUGGACUGCCUGUGCCCUCCCUAUGCCACUGGGUAGAGCCACUGCCUGCUGUAAUAGCCUCUGUGAUAGUCACCCUUGCACAGCCUUCUAAAGCAGGGUGUGCUACAGUAGCAGUUGGUAUGGGCAGAUUCGGCGGGGGGCAGUAAACGAGCCUCUGAGGAGCCUCAUUCUCACUCCUCCGGCCCUGUCCCCUCUGUUGCCUUCGCUCUCCCUCGCCAUGCCUGGACAUGGCAUCAACCUGUUGCACACGGGCUGGUCGUUUGCUGG